AUGGUAUCGACGUUAGCAGAAGGUGAGAAGCCAGUUGCCCCCGUUGCUUCUGCGGCUGCAUCUGCAGGGGGAGAAGCAAGUGACAGAACAGGAGUAAUGUCGGAAUAUGGCCCCUCUGCAUCUAACGAAGUCAUGGAGGAAAUGCUACGCAUAAGCAGACCCCAUCUACCUACAGAAGCAAUUGGAUCUUUAAGUGGACAAGACGAUUUGUUGCAGCAAGUAUCAGACCAUAUCUGGAUGAGUUAUGUAUGUGCUUCGGCUGCAAGGCGAGAGUAUGCGGCGGCUAUGCAGAAUGGAGCCAAACUGGCAGAGCAGAUGGCGAAAUUAGAAGAGGAGCGGUCAGGGAGAAAGAUGGCUGAGGCGAAUCGAGAUGUGCUGGUGGAGGACAUCAAGAGGCUAGAAGCAGAGUUGGCAGAGGCGAAAAAGAGGGUGGCCGCCACGGAGGAGAAGCUGGUAAGCACUGUCGGGCUUAAAGUAGAGCGAGACAAACUGAAAGCUGACUUGGUGCAUAUGACCAAUAAGUGGAUGGAAAAAAGCCAAUUCUGCGUUCAGCAUGAAGCCCGCAUGGAGAAGCUUAGCAGUAUGAUGAGCGACCUUGAAGAAGAUAUUGUAUCGUUGCAGUCCGAUAAGGAGACUUUAGAGAAAGAGAAAAAAGAGCUGGAGCAAAGGGCGAACAGUCUUGAGGCCAGCGCAGCAGAGGCCAAGAAGCAGAAGUUAGAAACUGAACUUCUGUUUGGGAAGAAGUUGAAGGAAGCAGAAGAGAGGGCAGCAGAGGCAGCUGUUGAAGCCACUAGGCAGCGUAUUCGAGAUCGAGAGAUCACCGAACGCAAGCUUGUGAGAGUGGCAGAGGUGGACACUGCCAAGUAUCUGGAUUUGGCAUUACGUAAUAAGAAGCAGACCCCAGAGGAGAAAUGGGCAAAACUGGAGAUGUACUGUAAGAACGUUGAUGUAAAGAUAGGAGAGUAUGACGUCGACAAGUAUUUGAAUGAGCUUAGGGAUUUGCAGAUUUCUUAUCCGCCGUGUCAUCUGGAGAAAUUGAAGCUGAGGGGCGAUACGCUGGGAUCGAUAUAUAAUGCCAACGGGGAAGCCGCUGAAGAUAGUGUUGUCAAUGUGGCUUCUAAUAAAAAAGCAUCAGGUUCUGCCUCUGUAGCUGAGGGCAAGUCAGAGGGUGAAAGAGGUGCCGUAGAAUAA